AUUAGAAUAUUUAUAGUUAGGAUAUGCAAACUAACUUUCAUAAUGAAUUUUUAUAUCUUCUUUGAACUUUACUUCUCUUUCAUGAUAUUACUAAUAUUUAAUAACUAUUUUUCAAAAAGAAUCAAAAUAGAAAUAAUUGGGAUCACUCAUUUAUAGGAAGAAGUUACUCAGAACCUCUUUAAACCUUGUAAGAUGCUCUGCCCAAAUAAAAUAUCAGAAGAAUCAUGGAGCACCCUCUAUUCUUCAUCAGACUCAGUUCCGUUCCUUUAGCAAGAAAAAUCAUGGCUUUCCAAAUAGUUUUAAAAGCUUAAAAAAGUUGUCGGAUAGUCAUAAGGAUCAUGCUAGGAAAUAGAUGGAAGAAAAUGAAUAACCAGUGGGAGACCCUUUCAAUAAAAUACUUGUUUAAUGACCCUCUGGAAGGAAAAACUUCCUUCCACAGGCCAGAUAUUCCGAUACCGUUUGAUGAAAAUGAUGAAUUUAAAAUUUUUGAUCUCGAGCCACUAUAUAGAAUGACCCAUUUUCAAUACAAUGCUUUCUACAUUGUUAUAUAUUCUGUGUGAACGGGACUAUUCACAUCAAAUCUCUAUCUAAUGAGCACUCUCGGUCCUCUAUUCGGUCCAACAGUCAAGUCACUCUUCUAUUACUUUUUUGGAAUGAGAUACUCAUUAGAAAAGUUUAUAAAGAAAUAAGAUCGAAGAAGAAGCCCUUGUAAUUGGUAUGUACCUGAACAAAAGUGGGAAAGAGAUCAGGAUCAAGACUUUUGAAGAAGAAAUUUAUGUCCCAAUACAAAAUAUAUCCACAAUAGGGGGAUUAAUGCAGGAAAAAAUUGUUCAAGGCCUUAAUGAGGUGAAUAUUCCUUUGACAGUCAAAGACGACAAAGUUUAUAUGCUCGAGUUCAUAGACCCUGAUAUAAACUAUGUUGAUGUAUUUGUGAGCAUACUUUUGGGAGUAGAAAUAAAAACUGACUAAUGAAUUUAUUACAACUGGUCCAUA